AAACGAUAAAAUGGAAAAAAGUUCCGGUACUGAACCCGACGUGAAUCGAACACGCAACCUUCUGAUCUGGAGUCAGACGCGCUACCAUUGCGCCACGGAUCCACUGGUGAUACGUUUUCAAUGUGAAUAUCUAUUACCCGAGGAAGAAACAGAGAGACAGGAGAAACGAAAGAUGAGGCCGUUCCAUUGGUAGAAACUGUUGCAGAAGAAGAAAAUAGAACGGUAAUCUUCGAAAGCCAUAGCUAUUAUUUUGUGGUAUAGUAAGUUGAUUACUCUUACUAUUAUCGUUAUCAUCAUUAUUAUGUUAUUUGUAAUCGAAGUCUCACUUGUAGCGUAAGAGAUUUUCCAUCUGCAAAAAUUAAAAAGAAAAAUAAUGACUUCAAUUUGGACGCUUCAAUUUCAUUCUUUGUCUACUCAGCCAUUGAUGUGGAUUUCAAAACCCCGACUUUCUCCUAAAUUUAUGGAAAUUAGGAGAGAAUUCGUACUAUCUCAUUAUCAAAUCAAGUUAAAUCGAUCCUUUACCAAUCCACUGAGAGCCAGUAAAGGCUCAGUCAAUCCGACUGAAGACGAGCAAACUCCGACAGUUUCUUCCCUAGAUAAAUUUCAAGCCAUUAUUUCCACUCUUCCUCCCGUUGUUUUCGUGAGAAGAAGGCAAAGUGGAAGUAAUAUCAUUAUAUGGCUAUGCGUUGCAACUGCAUUUUUGGUGAUUGCUCUGAGAGUAUAUGUUGUGAGAAAGACGAGGUAUAGGCGUCCUCCUGGAUCAGUAGCUGAUCUUGUUAGACGCGGCCAACUGAGAUCCGAUAGAAGAGGCAUUUCAAUGCCUCUGAAAUAUGAUGAUCCAUUCAAUAAUCCGUUGGUUAAGGUUGGUAAGAGCAAUUCCACUGUAGAAAUGUGUGGAAAAGUUUAUCGCUUGGCCCCUGUUACUUUAACCAAAGAGCAACAAGCUAUACAUCAGAAAAGGAGGUCGCGUGCAUACCAGUGGAAGAGGCCUACUAUUUUUCUUAAAGAAGGGGAUUCUAUACCCCCCGAUGUUGAUCCUGACACUGUUAGGUGGAUUCCUGCUAAUCAUCCUUUUGCAACUACAGCCAGUGACAUUGAUGAAGACUUGGCACAAACUAAUGUUUAUCAGAAACAUGGUGUUCCUUUCCGUAUUCAAGCUGAGCAUGAGGCGCUGCAGAGAAAGCUGGAAGCACUACAACAGGAUCAAAAACUCAAUAAACUAGUUAUUGACACUAGCAAUGCUAAAGAUUUUGAAAGACCAUUCAAGUCAAAUCCAAAGUCCAAUGAGCUUGUAGAACAGAGCCCCUUCAACAAUCAAGCCGGCGAACCUAAGCCAUCAAAAUCAAAUUCUAUCCCAAAUUCCUUUAACAGCAGUUCAUCAUCAGAGGAACUUCAAUGAACUAGUUUUUGCAUUUGACAACAUAUUACUGCCAUCCGUCAACUUUGAACUGAACUCUGGGAUUUUUGAGCAUUAGACAAUUCGGGAUAUUGAGAACCGGUGGAGAUUCGAACUUCAAGUUGGCUCACCCCAGUUAUUCAGUUGUAAAAACUUUGAAGUUUGAUGCUGAAUAUAAAUAUAAUGGGUAUAUUUAUUUUGCUUAUAAA